GUUACAUUAUUAUUUGUUCUUGGCAGGAUUUUUAACUUAUAAAUCUCAUCUUCUUGUCCGGUUAACCCACCAAGUUCCAACUGAAAAAUGGAGGAGAAAAAAUCAUCCAGAGUCUCAGACAUUGGAGCUUGGGCUAUGAACAUUUUCAGUUCCAUUGGACUCAUAAUGGCCAACAAACAACUCAUGUCCCCCACCGGUUUUGAUUUUGCUUUUGCGACGACAUUGACUGGUUUACACUUUUCUGUGACGGCCUUCGUUGGCUUGGUUUCAAAUGCUGCUGGUUAUUCUGCUUCUAAGCACAUUCCCUUGUGGGAACUUGUUUGGUUCUCAAUUGUUGCCAAUGUUUCAAUCACAGGGAUGAACUUGAGCCUCAUGCUCAACUCUGUUGGAUUUUAUCAGAUUUCGAAGUUAAGUAUGAUUCCUGUGGUUUGUGUAAUGGAAUGGUUUCUUCAUGGUAAACACUACUCCAGGGAAGUCAAGAUGGCUGUCAUGGUAGUGGUUGUGGGUGUCGGUGUCUGCACUGUUACUGAUGUCAAUGUUAAUGCUAAAGGAUUUCUCAGUGCUUGUGUUGCAGUCUUGUCUUCCUCUUUACAGCAAAUUUCAAUUGGCUCCUUACAGAAGAAGUAUUCAGUAGGCUCUUUUGAACUGCUAAGCAAGACAGCUCCAAUACAAGCUCUCUCUCUUCUAGUCACAGGUCCAUUCAUUGAUUACUUCCUCAGUGGUAAACUGAUAUCAAAUUAUGCAUUAUCUCCAGGCGGAAUCUUCUUCAUACUAGUCUCAUGCUCCUUGGCUGUAUUCUGCAAUGUGAGUCAGUAUCUCUGCAUCGGACGUUUCUCAGCAGUAUCUUUCCAGGUUUUGGGGCACAUGAAAACUGUGUGUGUCCUUACACUGGGGUGGAUCCUGUUUGAUUCCGAAAUGACCCUGAAAAAUAUAAUUGGGAUGGCUCUUGCUGUUGCUGGAAUGGUGGUUUACAGCUGGGCAGUAGAGGCUGAGAAGCAAACAAGAACCAAGUUCAUUCCUGCUUCUAAAGGCAAUUUCUCAGAAGGGGACAUGAGAUUUCUGACAGAGGAAAAGGAGGAGACUCCAUUGAUUAAGGAUGUUGAGCUUGGCCAGUCUAAAGUAUAAAAUUAAUAAUGCAUUGUCUGGAUAAAAAGAAUUACGUCAAUUACAGUUGCUUCAAUAUUCUUUGCACCUACUUCUCUUCCUAUGUGAAUCACCUCUUCUCUUUUCCUCCAUUUUUUGGUCGGCUGUUAAAUUUUCUAUUGGUUGUUCUGAGAUCAUGUACAAAUUCAGGAAAUAAAUGAAAUUAAAACCAGUUUCUUUGAAAAUAUAUAUAUAAUUUUAACGGAGCUAUCUCUGGA